AUGUUAGGUUACAACCAUGAUUACAACUCUGCCAUUUUAGAAUGCGGGGUUAAGAUAGUGUUAAAAAUCACGAGGAUAAUCAUCAUUAACACUACUUUAACAAGAUUUAAAAGGUGGCCCACAAUGUUGACUUUGGAAUAUUCAAAAGCAUUCGUUGCACACGGAAGAUCUUCAUGGAAAAACGUCCACAACUGUAAACUGUGCCCCCAUUUUACUACAUCAAUUUUGUCUAUGGUGAACCACGUGAGGCGACAUCGCUCCUCUCUGGAAAAAUUUACAUGCUCCGAAGCCAAAAUUGAAGUGUAUUAUUGUAAAGACUGCGAUUUUAAAACGGAUCUAACGAUUCUGUUCAAACAACACAUUAACAAACAUCACGACCUUAAGAGUGAAUCUAGAGACGAUUUGUCAAUCGAGGACUUCAGCAUACAAAACUACGUUUGCAAAAAAUGCGCCUUCCAAACAAAUUCCUUGAUAAAAAGGCUUCAACAUACUUCUACAUGCACGGAAAGGAAAGAAAAUCGUUUGAGUUCUUCGAGCCAGAAUGUCACGUAUAAAGAAAAUGGUGAAUGGUACAAGUGCAAAAAAUGUAAUUACAAAACUAAAUUUAAAAGUCGUUUAAAAAAACACGUGUAUUACGUACACUCGCGGGCAGAGGACAUUCAAUGGCACGAAUGCACGGAGUGUCCAUUCAAAUCUAAGUAUAAGGUAUCUUUAAGGAGGCACUUCAGUGUGAAACAUGUAGAGGAAGAAAAAAUUAAAUGGCAUGAAUGCGAAAAGUGCCCGUUCAAAAGUAAACAUUGCACGGGUUUAAAAAAGCACGUGCUUAAUCAACAUUCGAAUGAAGAAGUUAAGUGGUACGAAUGUGCAAACUGUUUGUUUAAAACUAAAAAAAAAUAUAGUUUAAAACUGCAUAUAAUUAUUCGCCAUUCAGAUAUCCAAUCACUUCAGUGCAAAUCAUGUCUAUGUAAGGCUAAGGUAGUAGGCCAUUCAAAGGAGUAUAUAUACAACCACCACUCCGAUUGUAAGCUGUACAAGUGUGAACCGGAUGAUGAAUGGCACAAGUGCGAAAAAUGUCCUUUUAAAACUAGAUUAAAAAAUAAUUUAAAAAAGCACAUUAAUAAAAUACACUCGCGGGCAGAAGACGUUAAAUGGUACGAAUGCACGGAGUGUCCAUUCAGAUCUAAGUAUAAGGAAUCUUUAAACAGCCACUUCCGUUUGAAACAUGUAGACGAAGAAAAAAUUAAAUGUUAUCACGUGAUUUCUAAACAUGUGAGUGAAGAAGAAGUUAAGUGGUACGAAUGUGCGAACUGUUCGUAUAAAAGUAAAAGUAAACAAUAUUUGAUAAGGCAUAUUAGUGGUCGCCAUUCAGAUAUCAGAUCAUUUCAGUGCGAAAAUUGUCCAUAUAAAGCGAAACUCAGCAGGCACUUAAAGCGGCAUAUAAAUAUCCGCCAUUUGGAUGAAGCGGAUGCUGAGUGGUACAAAUGCGAACAAUGUUCUCAUAGAACUAAAAAUAUAUCAGCUUUCUAUAGGCACAAAAAAGUACAUAUGUAGGAUUUAAUUUUGUAUAAUAUUGGUGUAGCAUUAAGCUGUUUAUAUAACUUUAAUAAAGAAAG